CACAUAAGGAAUAAUAAAACACUGGUAAAGCGUAAUGGGAAAACCCUGGAAAUUUCCCUGGGCAGUCUCUUCUUCUGUCCCAUACACAGUGCAGAUAUAUACAUACAGUAGAUUCUGCACAGCACAUUUCUGUGCUUCUAGCCAAAUGGAUUGCCUACUAGCAAAGAAGAUUUUCAUUCUUGUGGCUGCUGUUUUUUUGUUGUGCUUAUUAGGAAAUGCACAAGUAUUUGACUGCUGCUACUCAUACCGCAAAACGCCUGUAUCUGUGAAAGCCAUUAAGAGUUAUACCACCCAGAGGAGCAAUGAGGUGUGCCCCAUCGAUGCCAUCAUUUUCAGGACAAAGAAAGGCAAAGUGUUCUGUGCUGACUCCACUGAUGGAUGGGUCAAGAGAGCUAUAAGAAUUCUUGGGGAAAAGGCCUAACAUCGGAAGAUGAAGAAUUAUGUUAGAAGCUGACAAGUGCAUAACAUGAUUGGACGAAUAAUAAUGUAUAGAGAAGUGCUUUACCCAUAGGCAUUACAUUACCAUUUUCUUUCAUUCUGAUUAAUCAGAGCAAUGGGAAACCCUUUGCUUUGAGUUAUAUUACAGAGCCUUCCCCAUACACGUUUUAUUGUUUCCCUCUCCCUUCCCUGUGACCCCACAUUUCCUUAUAUAUCAAGUAAUAAAAAAAAGUUUGUUCCAGCAGCAGAGAAGUAUUAUGCCUUGUACACACGAUCGGAAUUUCUGAUG